AUGGUCAAGAGUACAGCAAAAGACCUCAUUACCACUUUCCAAAUGUCUUUCUUCGCCAUGUGUCGUUUAAAUACUCUUCCAUGGGAUUCCCUGGAGAAAGAACUUCAGACCUCAAGAGCAGAGACUGUUUUGGACAUUUUAAAUAAGACAUGCCUCCAUCCCAUCUGUCGCGAGAACCCACCGGCGGUUAAGUACAGAAGACUCUUCCUUUCUGAAUUAAUUAAAAGGUAUGAGGCAGUUGCAACAGAACCACUGGAUGAACUUUAUGAUGCAUUUGGUGAAGUCAUUGGGGCAGAGGAAGAACCUGUGUGCUACAAAACAUACUUACUGCCGUCAGGUGAUGCAGUAAGUCUUGCAGAGAGUGUUGCUGUCAUCUCUGAGGGCACUACAGGCUUGGUCACGUGGGAGGCGGCUCUUUACCUGGCAGAGUGGGCUCUGGAACACCCCCAGAGCUUCAGCGGCAGGACGGUACUGGAGCUGGGCAGUGGUGUGGGGCUAACAGGGAUCGUAGUGUGUCGGUCCUGUAAACCCGCAAAGUACGUUUUCAGUGACUGUCAUUCCACUGUGCUCCAGAGACUGAGAGACAACAUCCAACACAACGGUUUAACCAAUCAAAACACCCCAGGGACGUCGGUUUCAGUGGAGGAGCUCGACUGGGAGACAGUGUCUGAGGAACAGGUCCAGGAAAUUGGGGCCAACACUGUGAUCGCUGCAGAUGUGGUGUAUGACCCAGUCAUUAUUGGCUGUCUGGUGAGACUGCUGGCAAAGCUCCUGAGAUGGAAAACCCACGGCAACCCACCUGACAUAUUCAUAGUCUCUACCAUACGAAACCCAGAGACGUACAGCUGCUUUAAGAAAGAACUGGAAAAUGCUGGAUUGAGUAAUGACGUCAUCACCGAUCCUGUCACCCAAGUCUUCCCUUACAACAGAGUCUCUACCAUUGAAAUGAUCAAGUUACAUGUAUGA